UGGUUGGUUGCUAGGCAACUUGGUAAACUGAAGGGGGAAACCUGUUUGAAAUCUCACUCCCAAGGUGGGGGCAGCAGGGGUCAGGGUGAGCCAGGCUGAGCAGGAGCUGGGUCAGACUGUUGGGUGUGACCGUGUGAGACUGUGCAGACAGUGACAGACAGGGCGACCGUCACCUAGACUCCACACUGUUUGCCGUGUUCCAGCAGCACGGGGACCAUUACUCAGCUCUGAGGGGAGCAGGAACCUGCCCCUCCCCUCCCCAGGGCUCCCCAGGAGGCAGGCAACCCAGUUGCCAGAAUCAAGGACACACACGAAAGAGUAAAGGUGUCAAAAAAUAUACAGUCGUUACCUUUGGUAUUGCCGUUAGAUGCAGGGCACGGCAAGGGUCUUAUUCAUUCAGCAGCUGUCGCUGGGCUUGUUUCUCCAUUUGUCUGCUCUGUCUUUGGGGGUGGGGGACGAGUGUGUCAUUUGAAGCAGUGACUCCUCCUUCCUCCACCUAACACCUUCCCAAACACUGAGAAUGGGGGGUCUUUGAAGAGAUACUGCCAGCAGGGGAUGUGAUUUUGGACCUCACAAAGGGAAGGGACGAAAGGCCUGUGGAGGCUUGAGAGAGGAGAGGAAUGUCACCCCUGCCCAGAGGUGCUGAAAGCCAGGGCUCUUACCCCCGAAAAGGCAACUCCUCCCUUCCCCCAGGAUAAUUGGAAACAGCCCUUCCUGCAGCAGUGCCGGUUUGGGGUUGUAGGUAUGCCCCUGCCUCUCCCAGCCCGGCUUCUCCGCCCCCCCCGCCUUAGGAAAGGCCCAAGUGUAUCCCCUAAACUCCUGUCUUCCACUAACCCCCAGGUUACCAGCACAUGGUCCAUGGAGUGGUGACAAAAGAGACCCCAGGAGUGGUAGUUGAGCAGCCUGGGUUUGGUCUCUAGCUUUAUCCUAGACUUCCUGUGUGACCUUGGGCAAGUCAUGGGGGUCUCCCUGAGCCUCAGUUUCCUCAUCACUGCAAUGGGAUCGUUAGCUCUGCCCCUCCCACUUCACACAGGUAGUCGUGACAAUCAGCUCCGCCGCACUUUGUAAAGUGCCAAGCCUUCAAGGUUAUUAUUAUUCUCUCCAGACCUGCCGGGAGCAGCAGUGUUGUUUUGGGAUGGAGGAGGAGGCUGCAGGAGCGCAAGGGGUGGGUUCCUCGGGGUGGAGAGGGCGAGAGCCUUUCUGGAUUCGAGAGAGGAAGAUUCCAGCAGCUUGGGCGAUCGGAGGGCAGGAGGGGAGACGGGCAGAACUCAGCCGGAGCCAGAGGCUCGGAGAGACAAAGGGGGCGUGAGAGCUCGCGCCGGGGGCUAAGGCGGGGCGGCGGGCGGGAGGUGCGCGAGGUGAGGGAGGUGUGGGGGGCGUGGGCCGCGGGAUGCUGCCGCCCGCUCCGCCUCGAGCUCCAGCUCCGGUUUUUCCCUCCACCAUCCUCUCCCCCUCCCCGCCUCUCCUUUAACUCCCCCCUCCUGGGCUCGGGACUGGUUUCCUCCCUUAGCCCGCUGCCCUCAAUCCCGGCGAGGCUGGGGCUCCGGCUCGGCGCCCCCUUCCUCGCUCCGUGGUCCGGCGCCCCAUGCCGCCCCCGCCCAGACCCCGGCUCCCUCAGUCCCCCACUUAGGCGGGCUCACAGAUCCCGGGGUGCUGGCGCGUGGGCCGGGGGCGCGUAGGGCGCCUGCAGACGGCCCCUGGAAGGGCUCUGGUGGUACUGAGCGCUCUGCUGCGGGGGCGCGGGCACAGCAGGAAGCAGGUCCGCGUGGGCGCUGGGGGCAUCAGCCACCGGGGUGGUCCGGGCUGAAGAGCCGGGCAGCCAAGGCAGCCACCCCAAGGGGUGAGCGACUUUGGGGGAGUUGGUGCCCCGCCCCCCAGGCCUUGGCGGGGUCAUGGGGCCCCCCCAUUCUGGGCCGGGGGGCGUGCGAAUCGGGGCCCUGCUGCUGCUGGGCGUUUUGGGGCUGGUGUCUGGGCUCAGCCUGGAACCUGUCUACUGGAACUCGGCGAAUAAGAGGUUCCAGGCAGAGGGUGGUUAUGUGCUCUACCCUCAGAUCGGGGACCGGCUAGACCUGCUCUGCCCCCGGGCCCGGCCUCCUGGCCCCCACUCCUCUCCUAAUUAUGAGUUCUACAAGCUGUACCUGGUAGGGGGUGCCCAGGGCCGGCGCUGUGAGGCACCCCCUGCUCCAAACCUCCUUCUCACUUGUGAUCGGCCAGACCUGGAUCUCCGCUUCACCAUCAAGUUUCAGGAGUACAGCCCUAACCUCUGGGGUCACGAGUUCCGCUCGCACCACGAUUACUACAUCAUUGCCACAUCCGAUGGGACCCGGGAGGGCCUGGAGAGCCUGCAGGGAGGUGUGUGCCUAACCAGAGGCAUGAAGGUGCUUCUCCGAGUGGGACAAAGUCCCCAAGGAGGGGCUGCUCCCCGAAAACCUGUGUCUGAAAUACCCAUGGAAAGAGACCGAGGGGCAGCCCACAGCCUGGAGCCUGGGAAGGAGAAUGUGCCAGGUGACCCCACCAGCAAUGCAACCUCCCGGGGUGCUGAAGGCCCCCUGCCCCCUCCCAGCAUGCCCGCAGUGGCUGGGGCAGCAGGGGGGCUGGCGCUGCUCUUGCUGGGCGUGGCAGGGGCUGGGGGUGCCAUGUGUUGGCGGAGACGGCGGGCCAAGCCUUCGGAGAGUCGCCACCCUGGUCCUGGCUCCUUCGGGAGGGGAGGGUCUCUGGGCCUGGGGGGUGGAGGGGGGAUGGGACCUCGGGAGGCUGAGCCUGGGGAGCUAGGGAUAGCUCUGCGGGGCGGCGGGGCCACCGAUCCCCCGUUCUGUCCCCACUAUGAGAAGGUGAGCGGUGAUUACGGGCAUCCUGUGUAUAUAGUGCAGGAUGGGCCCCCCCAGAGCCCUCCAAACAUCUACUACAAGGUAUGAGGGCUCUCCCCAUGUGGCUCUCCUGGAUCCAGCCCUUCUUGGGGUGCUCCUCCAGUUUAAUUCCUGGUUUGAGGGACACCUCUAACAUCUCCUCGGCCCCCUGUGCCCUAUAAGCCCCUUCGCUCCUCCCCGCUGCUGUCCUCGUGUCCACUUUCAGGAUUCCUUAGGAUUCUCACUGUACCACCUCCUGCCCUCCCGUUUGGCCAUGGGUGCCCUCCUCUGUCUCAGUGUCCCUGGGUCCUAUUCCCUUGGGGAGGGGCCCAGGCUCAGCCUCCUCUCUGACUGUGACCCAGGCAUCCUUGUCCCCCCACCCACCCAGAGCUAGGGGCGGGAACGGUCCACCAUUUGGUUGGCACCGCUUCUUUCUGCUUCUCACUGGUUUUCUCUUCUCUCUAUCACUUAUUCUUUCCUUCUCUUCUGUCUCUAGGUCUGUUCUUCCCUAGCAUCCUCCUCCCCACAUCUCCUUUCACCCUCUUGGCUUCUUAUCCUGUGCCUCUCCCAUCUCCCGGGCAGGGGCAUCAAAGCACUUCUCCCCUUAGCUAUCAGCCCCCUUCCGACCUCUCAUACCAACCAUUCCCCUCAGUCUGCCAAAAAUGGGGGCCUUAUGGGGAAGGCUCUGGCACUCCACCCCAGCUCAGGGCUUGGCAGCAGGGCUCCCUUCUCUGCCCUGGCCCAGGCCUUUACAUACUUACUCCAGCCAUUUGGGGUGGUUGGGUCAUGACAGCUACCAUGAGAAGAAGUGUCCUGUUUUGUCCAGUGGCCAAUAGCAAGAUAUGAACCGGUCGGGACAUGUACGGACUUGGUCUGAUGCCGAAUGGGCCACUUGGGACAGGAAGUGACUUGCUCCAGACAAGAGGUGACCAGGCCUGGACAGAAAUGGCCUGGGAAGUAGAAGCAGUGCAGCAGGAACUGGAAGUGCCUUCAUCCAGGACAGGAAGUAGCACUUCUGAAAUAGGAAGUGGUCUGGCUGGAACUCCAAGUGGCUUAGUCUGGGGGAUCGGGGGGGGGGGGGGGGAGGUGGAUGGUUCUUACUCUGUGGAGAAGAAGGGCGGGAAGAACUUCCUGUUGGAGGAGGAAGCUGGAACUUACUGACUGUAAGAGGACAGAGGUGGACCGAGAAGGACUUUCCCAGUAUUCAGUGGCACUUCCCAAGAUCUCCCUUUCCUUGUGCUCUGUGCUGAUUUUAGGACAGCUAAGAUGACUGCCAUGUGCUGUGGCAGGCCCAAUUUGUCUUGUUCUUUCCUUUCCAUUAUCCCAGUAUAAUCUCUGUUAAUCAACAGGACUACCCCAAGAACCCAUGUGUUCUCCCCGAGUAACCCAGAUGGGUGUCUUGCUCAUUCCAUCCUCCAUUUCUGACUCCUUUCAGACUCAACACAGUUCCCUUCUUAGUAACCAAAAUGGUGGCCUGCUGGCUGGUCUAGCUGACAGUGGUACUUAGCAAAGGCCGCUGUUUCCAUGGUGACCAGCUGAUACCUCUUCCUGCCGUCUAGUGUGCAGCUGGGUGUUGCCUCAGUUUCCUCCCAGCUCAGUUUUAUUAGAUAAAAGCUGCCGUUGGGCACCAAGUUGGCCACCUCAGUCACCAGCCAAGAUGGUUGCUUUGUCCACCAGAGGUCAAGUCACUGCUCUGGUGCUGUAGUUCCCAGCUUCUUCCUGAUUUUUCUAAUCGCUCCUUCUGGGGAACAGGAAGUUGAUAUUGCCAUGGUGGCGGGGUCUUCCGUCACCUCACUAGUUUUACUGUAAAAGGGAAAUUUGAACAACAAAAACCAAAAAAAUAAAAAAUAAAAAACUUCAAAAGUUGACAA